GCGGGACCGGAAGCGGGAGUUUAUCCCCGUCUAAAAUGAGAUAAUUGUUCCGUGUUUUGUGCAGAUUAAUCGGACGGUUCGAGGGUUUUCCAGGAUGUCCAGCCCGGCGAGGAGCGGGGACAUCAUCCACCUGAACGUGGGGGGGAAGAGGUUCAGCACGUCCCGCCAGACGCUCACCUGGGUUCCAGACUCCUUCUUCUCCAGCCUCCUGAGCGGCCGCAUCUCCACCCUGAAGGACGAGACCGGAGCGAUCUUCAUCGACAGAGACCCGUCCCUGUUCGCCACCAUCCUCAACUUCCUGCGGACCAAGGAGCUGCACCCGCGCUCCGUCAGCGUGCACAUGCUGCUGCACGAGGCCGAGUUCUACGGCAUCACGCCGCUGGUCCAGAAGCUGCAGCUGUGCGAUGAGCUGGACCGGUCCUCCUGCGGGAACGUGUUGUUCAACGGAUACCUGCCCCCCCCAGUCUACCCGGCCAAGCGGCGGAACCGCCACAGCGUAGCGGGGUCCCAGUUCAUGGCGGGCCGGGCCACGGCGGUGGAGAGGGCGCCGGUGCGACGCAGCAACACCAUGCCCCCCAACCUGGGGUACUCCGGGAUCCUGGGGAGGGCCGUGGGCGAGGAGCGGACCUUUGCAGGUGCGGGGGCCGAUGCCGGCAUGGCCCGGAUCAUCUGUGGGCACCACAACUGGAUCGCGGUGGCGUACUCACAGUUCGUGGUCUGCUACAGGAUGAAGGAGUCCACCGGCUGGCAGCAGGUCUUCACCUCGCCGCGCCUCGACUGCAUGAUCGACAGAGUCGCGCUCAACGCCAAGGUGAUGGGCGGCUCGCUGGGGGACAACGACAAGAUGGUGGCCGUUGCCUCGGUGACGGAGAUCAUCUUGUGGUCCAUCUGCCCCGACGGCAAUGGAAAUGAAAUCGGCGUCUUCAGCCUCAACGUGCCGGCCGAGGCGCUCUUCUUCGUUGGUAACCAGCUGAUCGCCACCAGCCACACCGGGAAAGUGGGGGUUUGGAACGCCGUCACCAAACACUGGCAGAACCAGGAUGUGGUUCCCAUCAGCAGCUACGACACGGCCGGCUCCUUCCUCAUCCUGGGCUGCAACAACGGCUCCAUCUACUACAUCGACGUCCAGAAGUUUCCUCUGAGGAUGAAGGACAACGACCUGCUGGUGACGGAGCUGUACCGGGACCCGACGGAGGACGCCAUCACCGCCCUGAGCGUCUACCUCACCCCCAAGACCAGCGACAGCGGGAACUGGAUCGAGAUCGCCUACGGGACCAGUUCUGGGACGGUGCGGGUCAUCGUGCAGCACCCGGAGACGGUGGGGUCUGGACCGCAGCUCUUCCAGACCUUCUCCGUCCACCGCAGCCCCGUCACCAAGAUCAUGCUGUCGGAGAAGCACCUCAUCUCAGUCUGCGCCGACAACAACCACGUGCGGACCUGGACGGUGACCCGGUUCCGGGGGAUGAUCUCCACCCAGCCGGGCUCCACGCCGCUCACCUCCUUCAAGAUCCUGAGCCUGGACGACGUGGACGGACACGGCGGCUGCAGCGCCGGGACGGAGAUAGGUCCGUACGGGGAGAGAGACGACCAGCAGGUUUUCAUCCAGAGAGUCGUCCCCGACACCGACAAGCUCUACGUCCGCCUGUCCUCCAACGGGAAGAGGGUGUGCGAGGUCCGCUCCGUGGACGGCACCUCCAUCACGGCCUUCGUGGUGCACGAGUGCGAGGGUUCGAGCCGCAUCGGCUCGCGGCCGCGCCGCUACCUGUUCAGCGGCCACAGCAACGGCAGCAUCCAGAUGUGGGACCUGACGACGGCCAUGGAGAUCGCCGGGAAGGUGGACAUCAAAGCGCUGGGCGGGCCGACGGAGGAGGAGCUGCUGGAGCUGCUGGACCAGUGUGACCUGGCGCUGACCCGGACGCCGGACAGCACGCCGCGGGCCUCCACCUGCAGCCUCCACUCCCAGUUCGGCGACUGCCUCCGACCGGACCGGCUGCACCCGUCGGGGGGGCGAGGACCAGCCGGAGGUUCCAUGUGCGGCAGCCUCCCCCGACAGGCUCCGCCCCCCGUGCCCCUGAGCAAACCGGCCCGAGACCAAGGGUUCCCUCUGGGGCUGGGGAGUUUAUGUGGCUCCGCCCACGGCCCUGGCCCCGCCCACGGCCCUGGCCCCGCCCACGGCCCUGGCUCCGCCCCCAGGCCGGACCGGGACCCGGGCUCGGUCCGCCGGGGCAGCUUCGUGGAGCGCUGCCAGGAGCUGGCCAAGGGCUCGGAGGCGUCAAGCUCCGGGUUCGGGGCCCCGCCCCCUCCGGAGGGCGGGAGGCGGAGCUCCGGGGCCCCGCCCCCCUCGGGGCCGGAGGGCGGGAGGCGGAGCUUAGCCGUGUGCAGCGAGCUGGAGGCCCGGUUCAGCUUCCGGACCCCGACCUCCUUCUCCGUGUCUCCCGGCGGCCGCAGCUCGUGCUCGGCGCCGCCGCCGUCUCUGUCGCCGUCGCCAUCAUCGUCCUCCUCGUCCUCUCAGCGCAGAGUCAGCCCCGCCUCCCCCACAAGCCCCGCCCGCUCUCUGGGGCCCGUCUCGCCCCGGCACGCCGCCCCGCCCUCUCCCACCGACCCCCCACCACCACCGCCGCCGCCGGCACCGGUGACGCCGCCCCCCGAGAGCCCGGCGGGCCCAGACGGCCCCGCCCCCCUCGCCGCCGCGGCUCCGCCCACCAGCCCCAAACCGCACAUGAACGAGACCAGUUUCUGACGCUGAGCCGUCGCCGUGGUUACCAGCGCCGUGGUUACCGGCGCCGUGGUUACCGGCGCCGUGGCGGGAACACGGACCAGGUGGACCGGCGCCACCGGACCUCGGGGGGACGGGGGGCACACACGGCAAAAACCACAAAUCUUAACAAGAAUAUUUA